CGCUCAGUGCAGCUUGUAGGGGAUCAAUGAGCAGCGGCACAUUUGUAUAAGGAUCUGCCACUGUUUAAUGGGGCCGUCCUGCAGCACGGGGGGCCGGUGAGAGAGUCUCAGCUCCCCGGUCAGAGAUACUGCGCCGCCUGUUCUGCUGCCGAUAUGGACAAAAGGCGACUUACCAGUGAUACCCAGGAUUCCCGGCUGCUCAAGAACAAGGAGGAGAGGAGGAGACUCAGUGCUGCUGGAUACAGACUGGUUCCAUAUGGAUCAGGAAUCACAGAGAUGAACAGGGAGAGGAGAGAAGGGCUUGGUGCAAGGAAGCAGACAGGAAGUGACACAAACAGGAAGUUCCCUACAUGCAAUGGCUUUGUUGCCAGAUCUGCCCACAGUAACCAACCUCCGGUGCUUCAGAAACCUCACGCCCAGGAGAUGAAUUCUGCCCCAAAAGCCCAACAGAACCAAAUGCCCCAACUUUGCACAGUAACUGGGGGGAAGCUGAUUGUAACCCCCAAACUAACAAAACACACACAGCCUGAUGCUGAGGAAAAGCUACAUGGAAGUCAGAAAAAGCGAACUGAUAUUUCAGGAAAAAACAUAAAUUCUACUUUACAUCAAACAAGGAAGGAAUUUCCUAAAACCACAAAGCAGAAGGUGUUUCCUAGACUGUUUAGGGUUAUAAAUCCGUUUGUCUGUGUUAAGUGCAAGAGAAGGUUCGGCAGCAAUGGGAACCUCCUCAUCCAUCAGCGCAUUCACACAGAGAGACCGUUCUCUUGCACUGAUUGUGGGAAAUGUUUCUCCCACAGAACCAUCCUCCGAGAGCACCGCCGGGCUCAUAUGGGAAAGGGACCCUUCCCCCACAGCACUGGGGGCAAUAAAAUCUCAUCAGGUAAGGGCAACUUUCAGAGGCACCAAGGGGCGAGUGCUAAAGGGAAACCACUUACCUGCACUGAGUGUGGGAAAUCAUUCAAAUACAAGUCUGAUUUGCGCGUACAUGAACGCACACACACCGGGGAGAAACCUUAUGUUUGUACCCAAUGUGGUAAAGGCUUUUCCCAGAAGGGGAAUCUUAAUACACAUUCACUUAGUCAUUCUACAGAGAAACCUUUUAGCUGCACUGAGUGUGGGAAAUCAUUCAAAGAUACAGCUCAUCUGCACAUACAUGAACGCACACACACCGGGGAGAAACCUUAUGUUUGUACCCAAUGUGGUAAAGGCUUUUCCCGGAAGGGGAAUCUUGAAACACAUUCACUUAUUCAUUAUACAGAGAAACUUUUUAGCUGCACAGAGUGUGGGAAAUGUUUCCGUUUGAAGCAACAUCUCAAAUCUCAUAUGAAGACUCACACUGGGGUUAAAGAUUUUGUCUGUACAGAGUGUGGGAAACAGUUCACUCAAAAACAGAACCUCCAACAACACCUGCUGAUUCACACCAGUGAGAAAACAUUUGUGUGUAAUGUGUGUGGGAAAAGCCACAGCCGAAAUGAGCAUCUAAAAGCUCAUCUGCGAGUUCACACAGGAGAGAAACCCUUUGCCUGCACAGAGUGCAAUAAAUCCUUCCGAGUAAAGAGUCGGCUCCAUGCCCACAAAAUGACUCACACUGGUGUGAAGCCUUUUCAGUGCAAAGAGUGUGAUCAAUCCUUCACAAGAAAGGAGAAUCUUAAUGCACAUUCACUUAUACAUUCUACAAAGAAACCUUUUAUCUGCACAGAGUGUGGGAAAUGUUUCCGUAUAAAGGGCAAUCUCAAAUCUCAUGAGAAGACUCACACUGGGAAAAAAGAUUUUGCCUGUACAGAGUGUGGGAAACGGUUCAUUGACAAACGCGGCCUCCGCCAACACCAGUGGAUUCACACCGGCGAGAAACCAUUUGUCUGCAGUGAGUGUGGUAAAGGCCACAGGCGUAAGGAGCAGCUAAAAGCUCAUCUGUGUAUUCACACAGGAGAGAAACCCUUUGCCUGCACAGAGUGCAAUAAAACCUUCCGAUCGAGGGGAAGGCUAAAUGUCCACAAACUGACUCACACUGGCCUGAAGCGCUUUCUGUGCAAUGAGUGUGGUAAAACUUAUAAAACAAAGUCAGAUCUUAACAUCCAUCAUCGGACACAUACAGGAGAGAAACCCUACCCCUGUGCCGAAUGUGGGAGGAGUUUUACCACAAAGGCAAGCUUACACCGACACAGUCACACUCACACUGGGAUAAAGCCAUACGCCUGUACAGAGUGUGGGAAAUGUUUUAGAAAUAAGGCUGAUCUGAAAUACCACCAAUCUGCCCAUACUGGGGAGAAACCAUUUGAGUGUACAGAGUGUGGGAAAAGCUUUUCAUCUCAAACAGUGCUUAAUAUUCAUCAAAAGAUUCAUGCUACAGUACCGCUGAGCCUGUGACCACCUGAGCCACCGUCUGCCCCAGCUGUAUUGCACUUAAUGUGCUUUUUAAUGUAAAAAAGCAUGCAAUAAGUGUUAUCGACCUUUAGUGAAUCUGCCCCUAUGUCUAUAACAUCCCUAAUAAGAGGUCUUUAUAAAUUACUAGUGGGGAGAUCAAGAGACUUAUAUCCCCAAGCAAUGAUUGUAAGGAUAAUGCUUUACAUACUAGCAGAGCUAGCCAAUUGCCUAGAAGAUGUUUUAGAACUCAAACUUUCAAAGUAACCAACUCUGGCACAAAUCUUAAUUCCUGCAUGAAGAGUGAAGGAAGAGAGAGAGGUUCCUAAGAGAGGGGUUGGGAGAAGUAAUGUGAUUAUUUCAGAAACAGUACAGAAUUUGUCAUUUAUGUAACCCUUUCUUGGCACACUCACUUCUUUGGGCUGUAUACUUGUUUAAACAGGAGAUUUGGUUCCCUUUGCAAUAGUGAAAGGUACUGGGAACUGGGGACGCAGUGCCUCCACCUAGUGGACACAAGGGGAUUUCCACUAGAAAAAAAUAAUUAGCACACACUUUGCAGCAAGGAUAACGUUAUAGAACCAUUGAAAUAGAAUGUAAAACAACUUUAGGGAUAAUGGAUUUUCCUGCCCUGAGGAACCUGUGCAGUCUAUCCACUCCUGGUACAGUCUCUGUAGGUGCCCAGUCCCAACUUGGAUCCGGAUAGACUACAACCCUUUUUUUUCUGUGUAAAUGAAUGCCUUUAUUCUGCAUUAAUGUAGUUUGUAGCAGUUUAAAAGCUUUUUUUUAAAUGUUUUUAUUGAGUUUUUUUAACAUAUAGAAGUUAUAUACAUCUUAUGUUUUCAUUGUUUUCUGUACUUUUUACAAUAUAUAUAUAUAUAGUUGUCAACAUUUUUGUUCAUUGUAAUUUGCAUUUGAGUGUUAUUUUUGUGUCUUUGCCUUCUAUAUAUGUUUCAGUUUCCAAAAUAAUAAAUCAAUAAAACUUUAACUUGAUGACCCAA